GUACUGAUGGUCUGUAGUUUGACAAUACUUCUUGUUUCAGUCCUGAAUAUUACUUGUUUUCAUUGUGUUGUGUUUGUUCCCCUUUUUUGAAUAUUAGUUUGCGUUGGACAGGUUUGGAAUAAUGGCACGAACGAAGAAGCGUGUUCCGAAAUGCGACCGUAAACCCUUAGUGGAUCCUCCUCUUUCAGAAGAUUGUCCUGUUGCAAAAGAUGGUCUUCCUCCUAUAGAUAAUGUUGGUGAUGACGAUGGGGAGCGUGCUGUAAAAACGGGCAAUGGUGUUGCUUCUAAAGUGCGUGGUAAUGAUGCUAGUGACACUCCUCCUGGGAAAAUGGGUGGGAAAGCUGUUGGGAAGGGAAAUGGGAAAGGUGUUGGGAAAGAUGUAGGGGUAGGUGCUGGGAAAGGUGUUGAGAAAGGUGUUGGGAAGGGCAAGGAAGCAGCAGAACCUGGGAAGAAAGCAAAUGAAACGCAACAUCGAUUGCACACAUCAUCGUUGUUGAGUGUUGUGGAAUUCUGGAAGCAGGAUGAGGCUUACACUGAAGAAUGUGAGAAGGAGCUACAGAAGGCGGGAUUCGAUGGAUUGUUGGAGAUACCAAUGAGCGACACCAAUAAGUUUCUGUUGUCGACAAUGAUAGAGCAUUAUGAUCCUACUUCGGGUUGCUUCAUUUUUUGGGUGGGAGAGAAGAAGAAGGUGUUGACAUUGGAGGACGAGGAUGUGGCUCGUGCUUACGAGUUACGACCUUCAUCGCGUGGGGGGAGAAGUAUUUAUCGAAAAAAUGUAUGGAUAAAUGCAAGUUGAAGCUUUUCAAACUGAGAUUGGGAUGAAAGAAACAAGUGCAUUUUUUUAUGGACAAUAUAAAAGAUUUCAUUAAGCUCUUAUGCAGCAACCUGGAAAAGGAAAUUAUUUCUCGGUCUUUACAUUUUAGCCUACAAAAUUCUGCAAUUUACACAAAAACACUAACUGCUACCGACUACUACAAACAGUGGCUGACCCAUAAAUUUUAUAUAAGGACGUCUCACUCAAAAGUUAAAUUAAAAAAUAAAAAUAUUAAUAAAGAAACUAUUCGACU